ACACCGAACGCCAAGACAACAGACAACCAGACAUGAAGCUCCUAGUGCUUCUCUGCUUGGUGGCGUGUGCUGCCGCAGACUACGACGGCUAUUAUGACGACUAUUACAAGUACCCGGGCAGCUACGGCCAGCCACGGUACUAUGGCAAGUACGACGGAGGAUAUUAUCCAGACUACUACAGCCACAAACCCUACGGCAAGAACAACUAUCGCUACAACUACGACAUCUACUACCCCUGGGAAAAGGCUUAUCAGAGCAAGUACGAGAGCAACUACGGCGGCCGCACCCGCGGUGGGUAUUAUGUAAAGCUGCCGUACAGCAAGGUCAACGUCGACUACGACAUCAAGCACGGUGGCUAUGGCUAUUCCAAAAAGCCCUGGUACUAACACCGCAAGUUCGAUAAUUCGGCAGCCAUUUCAUGGUGAAUCCAAGCAUCCCUCACUGAUAUAAUGAUGCCGACGGACAGAAGCAAUAGUUACCGACCAGCCUACGGUAAUCGUGACCAGCCACAACUCCAGGUCCCUCCGCUGUGAAUGAGCCGGCACCCGUGUGCUUGGGUGCCGAGUGUGCGUGCGUGGCCGACAGCUUGCAGUGUUGAUAUUGCCUCACGUACCCCGCCUGUAUCUGAUGGUCAAAAACUUAGUAGUCCUGACACUGAAUGAGUUUUGAGUUUUGGGCUGGGGCUGAAUGAGUUUUGUCUUCGGUCUCUCCUACAUCUGAUGCGCUCUAGUAUAAAUUCAUUUUGGUCUUGUUGGGCUUUUGAUGAUGUUCCGAAAUAUACUACGAUUGGUCGUAUCCAUGUCGUUGCUUGUGUUCUGCGCACGAGCCAUGCCACUCCUGAGGCAUGGAUAUCCAAUGCGUUUGUAAAUUAAGGAACCACAAUCUGUUUGGUAUUUCAAAUUUAUCAACCCUGUCACACGCAUGUUUUUGGAGGUAGGUAGUCAAAGACGUACACGGCACUAGUACGUCUCUGUUGAACUCGCUGUUUCUCUUAAACAUACGUUUUCAUCAAAGAAACCUUUAAUUCGAGACUUCCAAAAGUCAUCGUGCGACCUGAUAUAACGUAGCCAAUGUGAGCGUUGUGAGGUCGUUUAUCCAGUACCUCAUAGCAUCUAGAAGUCGAUAACCUCAGUUAUAGCUCUAGUUCUCUCUUGUGCGCUUCUGUUUGAUCAGUUAUUCCCAGUGCUUCCAAAGACACCGAUGCACGUAUGAACACCAGGCACCGCAAAAGCAGCGACGCAGUGCUUUACCUAUUGUCAUCUGUGCGUUUCGUCGUGUGAGCUUU